AUGGAAUUAGAAAAUUUUAAACAAUUAUUUUACGAAGAUUUUAAAAAACUUUUCGAAACUAAGGAAGGUUAUGAUGUUAUCAUUCAAGUAGGUGAAAAUAAUGAAUCAAUAUACGCGCAUUCGAUCAUUUUAAGAGCUCGUUCUCGAUAUUUCCAAACUGCGUUUUCCGAAAAUUGGGCCAUAAAAAAAGAUGGAUACUUUAUUUUUAAAAAACCAAACGUUUCAAAAUCUGCGUUUCAGUCUAUUCUCAAAUAUUUAUAUACAGCGGAAAUUAAUAUAGAAUCAUAUGAAGGCACUGAAAUUUUGGAAUUCUUAGCUGUUGCAGAUGAAUUAAAUCUCAAUAAAGUAACUGAAUAUAUAACAAAAUUUUUAUUGAAAAAUAAAUCCAUAUUUUUACGUCAAGAUCCUGUUAAGAUUCUUCAAGUUGUUUAUAAACAUAAAACUUUAUUUGAAUUUAAAGAUUUUUGUUUAGAACAAAUUUGUGAAUCACCUGAAGCUUUAUUUUAUUCAAAUAAUUUCGUCUCAUUAGAAGAACAACAUUUAUUAUCAUUAAUAAAACAAGAUAAACUUAAUAUGAAAGAGAUUGAAAUUUGGAAUCACAUAAUAAGAUGGGGAAUCGCACAGGACCCUCAACUCAAUGACAACACUGAUAAUUGGGAUUCAGAAAAUUUUACUCUCCUUGAAAAGAAAUUACACAAUUUAAUACCAUUCAUUAGAUUUCACCAAAUAAGUUCAAAAGAUUAUUAUCAAAAAGUUAAACCUUAUAAAAAGAUUUUACCAAAAGAUUUAAAAUCAGAUAUUGAACGUUGUUAUUUGGUACCAAAUGCAAGACCUGAAAUUAAUGUUUUUAAAGAAAGAUUUUUAAGUUCAUUAGGAACAAUUGGUGAUUCUAUUUUGAUUAAUAAUGAUCACCUGAAACUUUUUUCAAAAUGGAUUUCAAAUAAUGAAGAAAAAAUUAAUAUAAUUACUCAUACAUUUAAACUUAUUUUUCGUGGUGGUAGAAAUGGAUCAUCACCAAAAGAAUUUCAUCAAAAAUGUGAUGGUAUGGGAGCUACGAUAAUUAUAGCAAAAAUUAAAGGAUCUGAUCAAAUAGUUGGUGGAUAUAAUCCAUUAGACUGGAAAAUGGAUGUUAUGGGAGCUGAAUGGAAAACCACAUCAGAGAGUUUUAUAUUCUCAUUCAAAAAUUUUAAAGAACUUUCGUCAGCUAAAUUAGGUCGGGUUAAUGAAAAGAGUUAUGCUAUAUGCUGUGAUAUUAAUUACGGACCAAUUUUUGGAAGGUUUAAUGGAAACAAUCAUGAUCUAGUGCACAUGAGUACGGGAAUUUGGGCAGCAGGACCAUCAUCUUACUCGGACGUUGGUAUACCAUCAUCUUUUGAUACAGAUGAUUAUGAAGUAUUUCAAGUAAUUGAAAGGAAUUAG